CGGCGAAAACGUCAGAAGACUGCUAAAGAUAAAGUCGGCAAGCGUGUGUCUCUCAGAUGGCGGCUGUAGUUCGGACGAAAACUGCGCGGUCAUUGGUGACGAGCGUGACGGAGAAGGACGUGGAUGUUGCCGGGUGGAUUUCAGAGCUUCCGGCCGGUUUGAUUUCAUCGGCCGAUACAGAAGAUGACGACGACGACCCUGUCUACAGUCUCAAACCGCUGUUUACAGGCAAACAUGGGUCGUCGUCGUCGUCAUCUAAGAAGUCAAAGCCCAGUAAGGAUAAGCGGCCGAACUACUUUGUGGCAAUCCAAGUGGAUGACGUAAAUGUCCACAAAGCAGCAAAGAAAGUCCAGGACCACAUGCGUACCCAGGAACCCAAUAUCGCAGGAGUGCUCGUCGGCAUACCUACCUUGCAUAUCACCCUCCUUGUGCUUCGAGUGAACGAUGGAGACGACUCACUACAGCGAGCCAAGGACUCGCUGAGCCGUAGUCACCAGGCUGUAAAAGAUGGCCUUGAAGCCGCUCCCCUUAUGCUGCAAUUCCAGGGGCUCGACCACUUUCAGAAAGAAGUCCUGUAUGUGAAAGCAAUCGGCGAAGACUCGGUGUCCCGGCUCAAGGCCAUCGCUCAAGUUUGCCGUGAAGAGUUCGAAAAAGUAAACUUAGAUUUGUCGGGAAACAAGGCAUUUGCGCCACAUCUCACACUGGCGAAACUGAGCAAGCAAAGCAGGAGAAAAAGCGGGAUAAAGAAAAUCCAAGAGGAAUGGUACGCAGCGUUCAAGGAUGAGACGUUUGGGACGCAGAAAGUGAACAGCCUUCAGCUUCUGAGUAUGUCCAAGCCUAAAGAAGCAAAAGGCUACUACUACUGUAGCUUGGAGCACACAUUUGGCAACUUUUCAAGGGACCAGGAAAGCGGCGACCACAGUGAAUGCUGCGCACCAGCACCGUCAAAAGCUUCGCAACGCAAGAUUGACCAGAAACUACUUCAAAUAGAUGCUGCAAAGCAAGAGGUUAAACGUACAAUAUCAACUUUGACGAACGCAAAGCUUCAGCAGCUAUCCGAACUGAAGCAGGAACCUGCUGAAGCAGAGCUUGAAGUGUCUGAUGGGAACCUCACCGUAGUGCCUGAAGAUGAAACCUCUACGUAGUAGAAUGGCAUUUUAUUUGCAUUUCUCUAAUUAUAAGCACACAACAAAACACCAUGACAACAGGGGCAUCCUCCUGCAAAUGUUCCUGGCAUUGAAAAGAUGUGUUAUAUUAAAAAAAAAGGGCAAAGCAACAUAAAGCGACAUUUUAUUAAGGUUGUGAAUAGCUUAUUUCAAGUUGUGUGUUACUUCUACCCGAAUAUCCUAACAAAUAUAAGUUGUGAGACUAAGGUUCUGCUAAUAGUGGUCCUUCAUGUCCCGUCAAU